AUGUCUUUAAAGAAAUCUCCACACGUAAAAGUUGGUUCGGCCGUGUUACGGUCACAUUUUGCUACUUAAAACAUAAACGCGCACACGGUGUUUUUUCUCGUGCUGAAUUAAAGGGCGUUUUCUGUGUGAAUUUUGCCCUUUGCAGCAUCAGUAGACUGAACCAGCCUCCGAACUCCGCCAGUCCUGCUUCAUGUGUGGCUUUUUUUUUUUUUUUUUUUGAAGCUCGGGGAACCCGGACAGCAAACACAGACGCGCCGCCGCUCACCGGUCUGAAGUGGUCUUUGUUCUGCAUAUCCGACGAGGACAAAAACAGAGCAGGAUGUCAGCCAGAGGAGCAAAGAAGAAGGCCACCAAACUGUCCCGCUCCUCCAGAGCGGGGGUUAUCUUCCCUGUGGGUAGGAUGAUGAGGUACCUGCGCACCGGGACACACAAAUACCGCAUCGGUAUGGGAGCACCUGUCUACAUGGCGGCUGUCAUUGAGUACCUGGCAGCUGAGAUCUUGGAGUUGGCCGGUAAUGCAGCCAGAGAUAACAAGAAAGGCAGAAUAACUCCUAGACACAUCAAGCUGGCAGUGGCCAAUGACGAGGAGCUCAACCAGCUCCUGCGGGGUGUAACCAUAUCAAACGGUGGGGUUCUGCCCAGGAUCCACCCAGAGCUGCUUUCCAAGAAGAGGGGAGGUCGGGUGAAAGUGGACAGCCAGGUGACCAUCCCAGAGAAGCAAGAGCACUCCAAAAGCAUGAAGAAACCUGUUAAACCUCUGAAAAAGAUCAAAGGCAAACGAGGCCGCAAGCCAAAGAACACAGAUGGCGACAAAGACUCUGUACCCAACUCUACAGUGGAAGAUGGUCCUGGAGAUGGAUUCACCAUCCUCUCUGCAAAGAGCCUGUUCCUCGGACAGAAGCUUUCGUUAACAGAGAGUGAACUCAGCAAAAUUGGAACAAUUAAGGUGGAGGGGAUAAUUAAUCCAACUAAUGCUGAGAUGGACCUGAAAGAUGGAGUAGGAAAUGCUUUGGAGAAAGCUGGAGGCCGAGAGUUCCUGGAAGGAAUCAAAGAGCUUCGGAAAGCACAGGGGCCCCUUGACGUGGCAGCAGUUGCGGUGAGUCAGGCCAUUGGGAUGGCUGCUCGCUUUGUCAUCCACUGUAACGUCCCUCAGUGGGGGUCAGAUAAGUGCGAGGACCAGCUGGAGAAGACGGUGAAGAACUGCCUGUCAGCCGCGGAGGAGAAGAAGCUGAAAUCUGUGGCCUUCCCCUCACUUCCUGCUGGACGGAACGGAUUCCCGAAGCAAACCGCCGCCCAGCUCAUCCUCAAGGCCAUCUCCAACCAUUUUGUGUCAUCCACCAGCUCGUCCCUGAAGAACAUUUACUUUGUUCUGUUUGACAGUGAGAGUAUUGGAAUAUACCUGCAGGAAAUGGCCAAACUGGAUGCCAAGUGAGCGGAAGCACAAACACAGCGUGUGGUUUUUGAUUUUCUUUUGUCGUCGUCGUCGUUUCUCUUUAGGUGGGUGAUGUUAUAGAGGUUUGAUGUGGAAUCUCAUGGUCAGAUCAUAAAAUGUGAGUGCAGUACUGUUCACAUUUAUGUUAUGUCCUUUAAAGGUUUAUAGAUUAGAUAACUUAAAUACACAGUUCCCUUUGGUCUGAUGUUUUUUACAUUCCGUGUACAAAUAUAACCAUCUUUUUUUCUGGCCUCUGUAGAUUCUCUUCCAACUACUGUACUAAAAAACUAACAAAAAA